CCUGGGACGCUGCGCCCGGCCCUCCGCUCCGGAGCAGGCCCCCGAGUGAGCCCCCCGAGCCCCAGCCAUGGCUUCUCUGCUCGCCAAGGACGCCUAUCUGCAGAGCCUGGCCAGGAAAAUCUGCUCCCGGCCCAGCCCCGAGCCGCACAAGCGCAAGUCGGGCAAAACUCAAGGCUCAGAAGCUGCUGGACCCCCAAAAAAGAAGAGAAAGAGAGCACAGAAGAAAUCCCGGGAGCGGGGGCAGAAGGCUGUGGAGCCCCAGGCCCAGGCCUUGGGGGGAAAGCCUCGUGCAGCUUCCCAGGCCCGGAAGCCAGCAGCAGCCAAGGAGGAGAAGACCUCUGGCCCUUCCACGGAUUCCUUCUCUGCAGAUGGCCUGGCUGCAGAGUCUGACUCUGUCUUCGCUCUGGAGGUUCUGCGGCAGCGGCUGCACGAGAAGAUACGGACGGCCCAAGGCCAGGGCGGCACCAACGAGCUGUCCCCGGCCGCUUUGGAGAAAAGACAGCGGCGGAAACAGGAGCGAGACCGGAAGAAGAGGAAACGGAAGGAGCUGCGAGCAAAGGAGAAGGCGGCAAAGGCUGGGGGGGCCGCGGAGGCUGCAGAGCCGCCCCCUGAGGGGCCCGGCAAGGAGGCGCAGAGACAGCCAGGGCUGCUGUUCAACAAGGUGGAGGUGAGCGAGGAGCAGCCGGCCAGCAAGGCCCAGCGCCGGAAGGAGAAGCGGCAGAAGCUGAAGGGGAACCUGACGCCGCUGACCGGGAAGAACUACCGGCAGCUGCUGGAGCGGCUGCAGGCGCGGCAGAGCCGGCUGGAGGAGCUGCGGGAGCAGGACGCGGGGAAGGCGCGGGAGCUGGAGAGCAAGAUGCAGUGGACCACCGUGCUGUACAAGGCGGAGGGCGUGAAGGUCCGCGACGACGAGCACCUGCUGCAGGCGGCCCUGAGGCGCAAGGAGAAGCGGCGGGCCCAGCGGCAGCGCAGGUGGGAGAAGCGCACGGCCCACGUGGUGGAGAAGAUGCAGCGGCGGCAGGACCAGCGGCGGCAGAACCUGCGCAAGAAGAAGGCGGCCAAGGCCGAGCGGCGCAUGGAGAAGGCCCGCAGGAAGGGCCGGGUCCUGCCCGGGGACCUGGAGCGGGCUGGCCUGGCCUGAGGGGCUGCAGGCAGACCGCUCCCCACCUGGGCACCUUCCCACCUGCCGCUGCUAGUGUGACGCUGGGCAAGUACCUGUCUGCAGACUCGCUCAGGGGCUUGGGUCUGUGUGCAAGAGGGGACACCACUGAGAACCAGGGGGAGGGGCGAACCAGAUCCAGGCUCCGGCCUUCUCUUUCGAGGCUGGAAAGCCCCCGCCGGAGUUUGCAGGUGAGGGUCGGGGAGCAGUGCGGGGCAUGGGGACUUGGGGCAGUCACUGCUCCUCCUCCCUCUCCUGUGUUCACAGCAGCAGGAGGGAACGGCCUUGGUAACAACCUGUGUCCAACACUCACUUGGAAGGGACAAAAACCCAACUGCUCUUGUCCGAGCCAAAGGCGGAGCUGACCACUCGGUCGCUGGGAGACAGGAGACCCCAGGCCUCACUGAGUGGAAUUAUUCUAAGUUUAUUUGUACAGUUCAAGCUAAACAUGCACGUAAAGAACCCUUAAGGCAACCCCUGAAAGACAGGAACUGUCGUAAACUGAGGAAGAAAAAGGCGGGGUGGGGCGAUGUCCGUCCGGAAGUGGGGAGAAGAGCCGAGAGCGAGAGGUGAGAACAGGAUGGUGGAAUGAGCCCAAGCCCGCGGUGGCCGAAUGGGUGCGAGGUUAGGGUCAUGUGGACGUCUCUGUAAAGCUGCUAAUAAGACUUCUGAUGGAACCAGUUGCGAACAGAUUGUAGCUGCAGAGAAGCUGGCGUGGCUGUGGCUCGGCGGGCCGGCAGGUAGGAUGCCCCGCUGUUCUCGGAACAGCCCUGCCGAGCACCAGUAACAGCUUCCAGUCUGUUCACAAACCGCAGGGAGAAUGUAUUUCACUUACAGAUGGGGGGGGGGGGGAGGUUAACAUCUCUGAGAAACUGGUCAUCAGGCAGACGAAAGCCAGGUGGGUACGGGAGGUCUGGUAGUGGAGCUCACAAGCGCCAGCAAUGACGCGACAGUGUGUGUGGAAGCCGAACCCACCCUGCCAGCUCAGAAAGUGAUGGGGCCCCACCACCUGCCAGUCACAGUUCAGUUGACAUCACACAAAGUAUGUGACCCAGCCACAGCACAGGUUAGUUUUACAAUGUUGGGCUCACUCCCCAGCAGGGGGCGUGCAGGAGGCGGCCAGUGAGUGUUGAUGUGUGUCUCGUAGGUUUCUCUCCUGCUCCCUCCCUCUCUCUCUAAAACACU